AUGCAAGUUAUUUUAGUACCUUUGGGUCUUGAGCGCCAGUUUAAUGGCCACGCAUCCGUAGCAGUCGCAGCCAGGCACAUUCGAUGGCGUGGGGUCCAAUUCUAUAGUCUUUGCGUUGAUUGUUACAGAGUUGAGGACGAAGCUUCUUCACCAGUUGGCAAAGUCAACGAAAAGUGCGGCCUUAUCACGCCGUCACAAAAUGGCGGGGAGGAAUCCCCACCUCCAGAAAAGGAGAGAGCUGAUCGUGAGGAUUCAGAGAAGCUGCACGCUGCCGUGGGCCCGGUGCCCCACUGCGCUGAGGGACCGAAUGAUGACUUAUACGCCAUCCCUGUAAAGUUGAGGCCCAAGAAGGAGACUUUGCCGCCCGGUUGGGAGAAACAUGAAGACAAUGACGGUCCUUACUACUGGCAUAUAAAGAGUGGAACAAUCCAGCGAGAGAUACCAAAAAUGCCGCCGAUAGAAGCCAGAGAAUCCCGCAUUUCAAUGGUCAGGGAUUGUUCCAACUUGUCCGAGGUGAAAUACGACGGUCCAAUGACCACAUCAGUCACCAGAAGUACGACCAGUGGCGCCCUUGACCAAGAUGCUCAGGAGGCUAAGCGGAAAGAGGAGAUGGCUUAUAAACGCCGCAGCUAUCCAGCCAGGCCAGAAUCGGACGGGCGAGCUGUACGAUUCUUCGUCAGGUCAUUGGGUUGGGUUGAGAUCUCUGAAGCUGACCUGACACCUGAGAGGUCAAGCCGAGCUGUCAAUAAGUGCAUUGUUGACCUGAGUUUGGGGAGAAACGAUUUGUUGGACCAAGUUGGACGUUGGGGAGAUGGUAAGGAUCUCUUCAUGGACCUGGAUGACGGAGCCCUGAAGCUGAUAGACCCUGAAAGCCUCAACACCUUGCAUACACAGCCUAUCCAUACUAUACGAGUUUGGGGAGUUGGCAGGGACAAUGGACGAGACUUUGCGUACGUGGCACGCGACCGGGUGACACGCAAACACAUGUGCCACGUGUUCCGAUGCGAGGCCCCGGCGCGGUCCAUUGCCAACACGCUGCGAGACAUUUGCAAGAGGAUCAUGAUCGAGCGCUCGCUGCAGCCUCCGCCGAGACCCACUGACCUACCAGCUGCCAGGCGGCCGAGACCACUCUCCGGUGCCUCCUUCCCGACUCCAAUGGAAGAGCCACGCAAGACAGUAAGGGCUCGUUAUCUGGGCAGUGCGGAGGUCGGCAGACCCACGGGCAUGGACGUGUUGAACGACGCCUUGGAGAGGUUGGCCGCCGCUCGGGCGCCUUCAGCCUGGAGGCCUGUCGCUGUCGCAGUGGCGCCCUCUUGCAUCACCAUUACUGAAGAAGGGGAAUCAACCCCGAUCGUGGAAUGUCGCGUGCGCUACCUGUCCUUCCUGGGCAUAGGUCGCGACGUGCGCCGUUGCGCUUUCAUUGUGCACACUCCGCAGGACAGCUUCGUGGCUCACGCCUUCCACGCGGAGCCGAGUUCUGGAGCACUCUGCAAGACUAUCGAAGCCGCUUGCAAGCUGCGCUACCAAAAAUGUCUGGACGCCCACGGUGGCUUCUCAGCCUUGGGCAGCUUGAGCAGCGUGCCGGGCGGGACAAGCAGCGCGGGCAGUCCGCCCUCCAGCGACGCGAACCGCGCUUCACUGGGGCAAGCUCUGAAAUCGCUUGUUGGCUCGCUUACUGGACGACGCGCGUCUUGA